GCCGCGGACAAGACCAUCAUUCUUAACCCCCCUGACUCUGAUUUUACACACAAAUUUGGACUAUCGCUUUAUGAUCUCACCCUGACCUUACAGUGAGGCUCAGCUCUACGAAUUUGUCCUAUCUCCGACCCAGUCAACCCAAUCCGCACCCCGCGUAUACUACAUUGAUGGCACCGGCCCAUUGAUCCCUCAUACUCCAUCAAAAUGGAUGAUCUGAGCGGUCUCAACUGGGCAUCCGGUUCGUCGAAUAACGACACCCGCAAGCCUCCUCCGAUGAGCGCGGGUUCUCUAUUUCAGAAUGUCCGCCACAAUGAACUAUCUGGCCGGUCUACGCCGCUAUCUGCAUCCUCGGGCCCCUCCAAUCCUCCGUCUAAGUCCGCCACACCGGACAAAGACAGCUUUGCAAAUCUAGUCUCUUUUAAUCCAGCUUCAGCGAACAAGAAUCUCUCGCUCCUCGAACAACAGAAGCAGUUGGAGGCGCAAAGGGCUAGAAAGGAGGCGGAGAGAAGAUCCCGGUUUGAAACUCAAUAUGGGGGACAGAACAACCAAUUCUGGGACAGUCUCGAGAAGGGCGGAAACAGCCAAGCUUCCGUACCUGCCACUACCGCGGGGCAGCAGAGCGCGGUACCUGCCGACGACGACGAUAUCCUUGCCGCCUUCAAUGCUUCCGCACCCGUCGAUGCAUCGACGCACUUCCCUGUACCUAGUUCGAGUCCUGCGCCGCGGGUCGGAGCGGGCUCCUCCCAGGCUAUUCAUAACGGAGCAGAGUCGCCGCCGCGCGGAGGCAGCAGCUUGUCGUUUCCGGCAGACGAUGACGAUCCGUUCGGCCUCAAUCAGUUGAAGUCCAAGCCUGCGCAGUCAUCGCACCCCUCUCAAAGUGCCGAUGACGACGACUUUCUCGGUCUGCUGGGUAAGCCGGUUUCUGAACUUCCUCGGCCAGAGCCCCCUGCCAAACCACCCACGCCCCUGGAGACUGAACAUCAUGCUCCAUCGCCGAGACCUACAAGCGGGGUUGACCGCGCCAUUGCGGAGCUGGUCGAUAUGGGAUUCCCCGCAGAUAAAGCCAGCCAGGCUCUACGUAUGACGUCAUCUGGUACAGAUGUGCAGGCGGCCGUGGGCUUGCUUCUCACCCAGGCGCACGAAGAGUCCCGCCAGAAGUCCAGGAAUAGGCCAUCGGGAGCUGACCGAGUCGCCGCUCAUCCGGAGAGAAGCCGAGAACGCAGUGAGGGAUCUAGCCGUGAUGUGCCUUCCUGGAUGCAACAAGAGCGGUCUCGUAGCAAUAAUCGCUCGCCUCUGUCCGCGGAUAAAGACCCGUCACAGCUCGCAGCCACAUUUGGAAAUAACCUACUGAAGACAGCCAACUCAUUAUGGAAGACUGGUAACAAGAAACUUCAACAGGUCGUUCAGGAAUUCAAUGCGGACCAUGAUCCCAGUCAGCCACGAUGGAUGAGGGAAGCGUCUGCUCGGGAAGAAUCACCAAGUGAUCGUCCUCUUGGUGAUCGUCCUCUUGGUGAUCGUCCGCGUGGUGAUCGUCCGCGAGCGCCUAUGCAGCCCCAGACACGUUCUGAGAAUAUGACUGAUGAAGCGUUAUUGCUCGAAUCAGGAGGACCGGUCCGUUCGUCACGCAAUCCUGCGCGGUCGAAUGAUGGCCCCGAGCCUCGCACUGCGAGCAACAAUGUCAGACAACACCCGUCUCCAGCAAGAGAGCGGCCUGUGCAGCAACCAGCUUUCAUGCGGCAGGCACCGAAAGUAGAUGCCAGGGAUCCUAGAUCACGUUUGACAAAGUCUGCUGUGGAGGAGCAAUCGGCACAAGCUUACGUUAGCCCUGCAAGAAGGAAACGCCCUGUCGCUCAGUCUCCGGCCCCAGAAGCCCAAGUCGACCUGUUUGAAGCCUCUGCCUCAGCACUACCAAGGUCGAAACCCUCGCCUUCACCUGCCCAGCCCUCACGAUCUUCUACGCCCUCUACGACUCUACCUACACGACCCAAGGCUCCGCCACGAUCGAUACCUUCAGUGUCUCCACAAGCGCUUUCCUCAACCCACCGUCAACGAGAAAUCGCAGCGGAAGCUUACAAGCGGGGUGACUAUGGUGCUGCACACGAAGCCUUCUCUGCGGCUCUUACGCCUUUACCGGACAAGCAUCCCAUAACCAUCCUUAUCCGCAGUAAUCGUGCCAUGACGGCUCUCAAGGUUGGCGAGCCAAAGGUGGCGAUCGGAGACGCGGAUACCAUACUGGAAUUGAUAGGACCCAUGAAAGGCGAAGGCGAGAGCAUUGACCUUUGCAAUGGUGAAGCUGCUAAGCCAAUGAAGGACUUCUUCGGCAAGGCUUUGAUGCGCAAGGCCGAAGCAUUAGAGCAGCUCGAGCGAUGGGCAGAUGCUGCACAAAACUGGAAGCUGGCGGUUGAAAGUGGGCAUGGCGGCAGCACCAGUAUUCAAGGACGCAAUCGUUGUGAAAAGGCAGCUGGUAUAAGCAAGCCCCCGGCUAAGCCCGCAGCGCCUGCACGACGCCCUCCUGCACCUGCACUAAAGAAAGUAUCUGCUCUGGAUGACCUGCAGGGUUCAUCUGGCGCCUCGUCAGAGGCUGUCACUCGCUUGCGAGCAGCCAAUCAGGCCGCAGAACGUGCUGACGAGGAGAAAUUCGCACUUUCGGAGAGCGUCGAUGCCAGACUCGCUGCAUGGAAGGGUGGAAAGCAGGACAAUCUCCGUGCUUUGUUGGGUAGUCUGGAUACCGUCCUCUGGCCCGAAGCUGGUUGGAAGAAGGUCAAUAUGUCUGAACUUAUCUUGCCUAACAAGGUCAAGAUCCAGUACAUGAAGGGAAUCGCCAAAGUGCAUCCAGACAAGAUCCCAACAAGUGCCACUACAGAGCAGCGGAUGAUCGCCGGCGCAGUCUUCGGCACUCUGAACGAGGCAUGGGACAAGUUCAAGAAGGAAAAUAAUCUGUAAAUCCGGGUGUUCUCGAACAAUCCCUUGAUCUCGUCAUAUACUCCAAUCUUCUGAUAGUUAGCAUCUCAUCUCUCUUGUCGUCCUGGCCUCAGAACCGUUCCAACCUCGCGUGGCCAAUCAUGCCGUGCCUUUUCACAAAUCAUAUUUACUUCGCUUUCUUUUCUGUUUUGAUGCUGAUGACGUCCAAGAACGAGCCCAUGAAAUUCACAUUAGCCAUUUAUUUGUAUAUAGAUAGACUAGACAGGUUGUUGGUCAUGCUGAGCGCCAUUCUUCUGAUACAGAAUGCAGGGCCACAUCGGUCCCACUCAGCCAAGAACAUGGCAUCUCUUAUAAUCUAUAACGCACCCGAGAAAAUAAU